AUGAAAGUGAAAAAAAUUAUGCAAGAUUUUCACGAUGCAAUCGAAAUAAGAGAUAAAAAGAUAUCCGUAAAGUUUCUCUGGGGAAUGAAUCAUAUGGAUCUAAGUGAUAAUUAUAAAGCCGCUCUUAGUCGUCUUCAUCAGUUAUAUAACUCUCUCCGUAAAAAUGAUGAGAUAUGGCCGACGUACAGUAGAAUAAUCGAGGAACAACUCCAGCGCAACAUUAUAGAGGAUGUACCGCACUCAGAUAAUAGCAGCAGUUAUAGAACCUACAAGUACUACUACGAAGGUGAGAAUAGGAGAAUAGUGCUAGAUGCUAAUUCAAAAAAAGUUGGUCAAUUAUCAUUGAAUGACGUUCUUUAUAAAAUGCCUACAAUUUUCCCGGAUUUACUAGGCAUCCUCAUUCGUACUCGCAUAGGAAAACACUUGAUCACAGGAAAUGUUGAAAACGCAUUUCAUAUGAUCCGACUGCAAGAAUCGGAACGUAACGCCACACGUUCUAAGGUUAAAAGAUACGACUGA